AUACAUACACAACACAACACACAAACACACACUUUUGAGAUGUAAUUCUAAAGGAAGUGAAAGGCAAAGCUAAAAAGGUUGGUAUUAUAAAUAUAUAUAUAACUAUGCAUAUAGACAUCAUUGGUAACACAGAUUUUUGGAACCCAAAAGAAAGAAAGAAAGAAAGAAAGAAAAAAAAACUCUUUUCACUUUCGCUUUCAAUAUAAUUUCCCUUCCAAUUCUAUUUCUAUACAUCUCUUUGAUCAUUCUCUGCAACAAGAAAGAAAGAAAAGAAAGAAGAAGAAAAAAAACUCCCUUACUUUUUUCUCCUCUUUAUGAGAAAACAGAACAACCCAAAACAGAGCUCUACACCCCGCCCAUGAAGAACGCCAUUAGAUGCUGCCUCUCCUGCAUACUCCCAUGUGGCUCUCUCGACGUCAUCAGAAUCGUCCAUUGCGACGGCCACGUCCAAGAAAUCGCCGGCUCCAUCCGCGCCAGUGAUGUCAUGAAGGCCAAUCCUAAACACGUGCUCAAAAAACCCUCCUCCCCCACUUCCGACGACCGCGUCGUCCCUAAGAUUGUGAUCCUCCCGCCCGACGCCGAGCUCCAACGCGGCAAAAUUUACUUUCUCAUGCCCCUUCCUCCUGCCCCGGAAAAGCCCCGCUCCAAAUCUCUCUCCAAGAAGAAAAAGAAGGAAUUGCCAUUACCCGGAACCGGCGUGGGCUCGGGUAUAUCGGUGACGAAUUUAGUAGUUUCAGAUCGGUACCUGAGUGAAAUUCUGUCGGAGAAAUUGACAACGGUUCAGAAGGACAAGCGGCGGGGGAGAGUCGGAGUUUGGAGGCCGCAUUUAGAGAGCAUUUCCGAGUUCCCAACUGAUCUUUAAAUGGAAAUUGAGGGGAGUUUUUUCUUCUUCCCGAAAUUGAUUAAUUUUCUUCAAUAAUUAAAAAAAAAAAAAUCUCUAUGUUUGAUUAUAAAUAUAUAUAUAUAUAUGUACAAAUGAAGUUGGGGGAAAUUAUGAUUUUGCUGCCGGUGGGUUACAAGUGAAGGAUCGGAUGUAAAUUUGGAGGGCUGAGAUCAGAUGGUUUCGGGUAGUAAUUGAAAAGGAAAUAUAUAUUAUAUAUAUAAUCUAUGUAUAAUAUAUAUGUAUGUGUGUUUGUUUGUAUUUUGAUUUAGAAAAUUGAAAGAUGGGGGGAGACUUUUAUUAAUCUCUGGGAAUUGUGUAUCAGAAUUCAUAAAUUUUCACUUUCUGUUUUGAAUAUAAUUUUGUUAUCGUAACUGUGA